UUACUCACAAUUUUUUCGCAAUUUCAUGGAAUAUUGUCUCCUCCGGGUCCGUUUUUAACGCCCAGUCCGUCGCCAUCAAUAUCAGCUAGUCCGCGUUUGCAACCGUCACCUUCAUUGUCACCAUUUCCGCAGGAUGUUCUACUCGUAGCGGGUAAUACAAUCACAAACGCCACACACGAUCAGGAACGUAAAGCUACCACACCGGGACGAAGACAAUCGUUACAUCAAUUCACUAAUGGCAGUCCCAACGCCGGUACUGUUGUAUUCCAGCCAAGUCCAUCGCAGUCACCAGCGGCAGCGACCAGUGUUAUCGGUGUGACAGCCGGUGUUGGCGGUGCGGCGAUAGCAACAACAACGCCUACAGCCGGCAAUGAAUUCAACACAACACUUGUUGGAUCUAAUAAUAUACAAUUAAAUAAGAAGGGCAAUAAGCGCAACACUCAGCAGCAGCAUCAACAGAAUCAACUUACUCAGCAGCAUCACCAAAUAUUCAGCAGUGCUGUAACACCAACUUGUCACACUGCGCCCUCGAUCUCGAAUACUGUAGCCGGCGGCUAUGGGCAACCACAUGCAGCAGCGAUUAAUACGUCGAGUUCGUUUGCGUCAGCAAAUGUGGCUGGUUGCCCAAAAGGUCAAGCGAAAAAAGCCGCCGCAUCAGUUCUACCGACGUCGACGUCGUUGAGUCAUCAGCAACAGCAACAGUUCCAACACUAUCAUAGCAAUAGUCCGCUGAUAGCUGACAGUCCAAUACCGAGUCCUAGCAAUACAAUUACCGCCGCCGCAAUUAAACCGUCAACACCACAACCAAUGCAAAUGUUGCAGCAACAAUUCACGAUUACAGGCAGUGCGCCGCACCAAGGGAAUCAACCGCAGCACACGCAGCAGGUCUUUCAAAUCAUCCAGGGGCCACAGGGACAAAUUGUUGCGGCGCCGGCUGGGCAGCAGCAUUCUUUGCAGCAACGAUUGAUAGGCAGCACCGCAACAGUUCAAGCACAUCUGGCGCCAACGUCGUACAGUAGUUUUAACAGUACAAUAACGAAUACGGUAACAAAGUCAACUAAACCGCCGCAACAAAUACUGCCAAAGCCACAGCAACAGUCUUGUAACGAUGCCAGUCAACAGCAACAAUCGCAGCAACACCAACAGCAAAAGGGUAAGGUCGUUGGUGGCAAUGCGACGACCGCCACUUUGCACAGCAAUCCCAACAACAUGGCUCAAAUGCCACAGAUCUCGCAGUCACCGCAACCGCAACAGGCACAGAUCAGUGUUUCGGCUUCGCCCACCUCAGGUGGCGGCGCACAGCAACAGCAAAUUCUUUUGCCAACAGGUGCCACAGCCAGCCUUACACAACAACCAUUGUUGCUCAAUCAAAUGCCAGUGCUGGUACAGCAAAAUACACCGCAAGGUGUACAGCUUAUACUACGACCGCCAACACCGCAGCUGACGGCCACACCUUCCCUGGUUAUUCAAAAUGCGCGACCGCAAGCGCAGCUGCAACAGCAACAACCACAGCAGUUGCUGCGUAUUCUGGGUACAAAUGGUGCAACGAUGCAAUUGGCCGCCGCCACUCCCACCUUCAUAGUGUCCUCACAGGCCAACCUCAUACAACAGACUGCAAAUCAUAUACAAACGAUUAAAACGAAUGCCCAAAAUCAGGCCAUAACUCAGCUGACUGGCUUACAUGCAGCACUUUCGGCAACAAAUCCCCAACGAUCUCACCAGCCGUUCACCACAACGGCGACCAUCAACACCAGCCACUUGCUGGGGCCAAGUAUGGCCGCACAAUUACAGAAUCUACAAUUGGCAGCCGCAGCAGCAAACGGUGGUAGCAUUACACAAAUUCAAAUGCCUAAUGGAUCAUCGCCUGCCACCACAACAAUAUUGUCACAGUUACCGGCGCAGUUCCAGCAAAGUUUGAACAAUGCUGCAGCUGGCGGCGGUUCACUCAUCAACUUGAAUCAGUUGAGCGGCGCGAAUAUUCAACAAUUGGCGGCGGCGGCAGCAGCUGCGGGCGCGACUUUCCAAACUCCACCACCACCGUCCACAAGUUCCAAUGCCGGUAUGGAUAUGUAUAAUGCGCAACACACAACACUGCCCAGCUUAACACACACGUCACAGGCAUCGGAGCCAAUGCGUCAGCCUACACCUACAUUGUUACAGAGUGCCAACGGGGCCACUGUAACAAUGAAUCAACAACUAACAAAUGGGCACCAAGCAGCACCCUUAAUGAGCGCUAGCAUUGCUAACAAUGGGCCUACAAAUUCCACAAUGCAAAUUCAACAGCAGCAGCAGCAGCAACAACAACAACAGCAACUACAGCAGCAGGUCUUACAGCCGCAAAAUGAACCAAAAAAGAAGGCAAAGCCGCGGAAGAAAAAACAGCCCACUGCCAGCACCACAGCAGCAGCGGCGGCGGCGGCAGCAGCAGCAGCCGCGCCUGCAGUGCAGUCACCUGCAAUAACGACAACAGCGCCUUCACCGUCGCCUACGUCGCAAGCCAAAAAUGUCGCAAAUGCUGUAUCGUCAACAGGUUCUAAUUCAGUAAACAACAAAUUCAAUACACCCGCCGGUAUAUGCAAUAGCACGAAUGUUAUCCCACAGCUCCAAUUCUCACAAUCCUCGCCGCAAAAUGUGAAAUUGACUUUCACCACUAACCAUGGCAAUAGCGGACAGGGCCAAGCGAAUUCAUCUCAACAACAGCAGGAUCAAGCGCGACCAAAACUUGAUCUCGGCAACGUUAUGAAGCUUUGUGGUAUCAUGGAGGAUGAUGACGACGAUGAAGAUUACAUGGAUGCAAUGUCCACGCAUGAUGAAAGCGCGCCUAACACAGUUUCUGCAGCACCACAACCGCCGCCACAGCCCUUACAGUCAGCGCCAACGCCAUCAAUUACUUCUACAACUGCUCCGGCACCACCAAACGCUAACGAUAUAAUGAUCUCGAUACCGAGUCAAAAUGGCGCCGAUUCAUUGCCUUUCACCGUAACAAUACCUGCGGCGGCAGCGUUGAACACUGCGGCAACGUCCAGCAACGGCGCCAACGAUACGACUGAGCCUCACAAUAUCUAUAUCAAAAUUGACCAAAAUGACCCCGCUUCCGCACCGUACACGAUCUCUAUACCGCGCUUGCCAACUGCUGAGGAAAUACAACAGCAAGCGCAACAGCAUCUAGCGCAGCAAGCUGCAGCAGCAGCGGCGGCAGCUGCCGCUGCGCAACAACAACAAUCCAACAAUAAGACUGUAUCGUCAACAAUGAGCUUCAGUAUGUCAGCCGGGAAUAAUUCGCAACUACACACUGUUCAACAACCACAAUUGCAGCCUCCGCUCUUUAAUAUAGCGACUAGUGGCGCCUCGCUGCAAAUAUCCACCUCCAGCAGUAAUCCGACAAUAUCCAUUCCCACACCUGCAAUCACAACAACGACAACCACAACCACAACAGCAGCAGUGAAACCACGACGUAAACCAGCAGUGCGUCGCAAUGGCAAAAAGCAGGAUAACGUAACUACUUCAAGUUCGCCUGCCAUUACAACAAGCAGCGCGGCACCAACCUCAAUUACUACAACUACAACUACCACCAACAGCGUUUCGGUGAUGCCCUCUUUAACAGCCACAAUUACACCAGCCACGCCAACGCCAACCGCCGGUAUAGCGGGUAGGACUUCGACAACACCACCGGCUCAAAAUCAGCUGCAGAGCGCUUCAGCCGCAAGUCACAUUACGGCGGCGACACUGCCGUCAGCAUCAACUGCGCCUACAUUGACUACGACGAUGUCAGGUGCACCGCAGGUUCCUAGCCAAAUUGGUAAUAUACAAAUAUCGCAAGUUGAUGGCACAAAAAUGUUACCAAAUCACAAUGGAGGUGGUGCAGUAGAGAAUAAAAUACAGAUUAUGCCAAUUUUGGACAGCACAGCUACUGCGGUUGGAGGAGGUGAGUUUAUUGCUUAUUUGUAUGCUU